CAGAUGCAGCGCACCAGGAGGUUGUGGCUCUCGGUGCUGACCUUGGCGCUGUCGCUGCUCGUGUGCCUGGGCACGCUGGCCGAGGCGUACCCCUCCAAACCGGACAGCCCCGGCGAGGACGCGCCCGCAGAGGACAUGGCCAGAUACUACUCGGCGCUGAGGCACUACAUCAACCUCAUCACGAGGCAGAGAUAUGGAAAGAGAUCAAGCCCAGAGACACUGAUCUCAGACCUCUUGUUGAGAGAAAGCACAGAAAAUAUUCCCAGAUCUAGGUUUGAAGACCCCUCGAUGUGGUGACAGAAUUUGCAGAACGCCAUCAAACUUUUCCUAAUCUUCAAUUCAUGCUCCACUCCUCUAAGGCGAAUCAGAGCGCAUUGUUCCCAGUGCAUGCAGUCAUUGUACGGAAUUCUGUAGAGAUUUUCCUUCAUCAUAUUUGUAUAUACCUUUAUUUAAAUAAAUUAUUUGUGCAUUCCAGAAUAUACCAUACUAAAUGAAGACACACACCCUGCUUUUGGUAUAGCAAAGAGCUGUUUUAAGCUAUUAGAACUGUAUUAUAACCUUCCU